AGAAGCAGGUUACUCCGCACUGCCACUACUUCAGAAAGUGGGGUAAAAAAAAAGAAAGAAUGGGAGCCAGAAACUAUGUUACACGUUUAAAGUUCAAACAUCAUUUUCAAGACCAAGUCGUCUUGAUGGCGAAAAAAAACAGAACAAAAAAUGCACCGUACGCUGCCUUGUGCUCUUGCAAUGGGUGGUGGUGGAACGUCAUUGUGUUACCGGCCAAUCAUAAGCAACUUUAAAAGCAGCAAGGACCAUUUGUCACAUGAAAGGCGAGAGAGAGGCGGAGAGAUGCGUUGUGCCUACGGACUGGCAAUUCCGGCGAGCGACACUCGGUUCUUCACACCAGAACCGUUCCUCCGACUCCCCAGGCCUGGGAGUGGGAACCCAUCUCGUAUCUCUAUUGGGUCCUUCAGAAUCAAGGCCAAAAUCAACGAAGCAAGGAAGGAAACCAGCUUCUACGAGCUGCUUGGAAUAGCCGAGUCGGGGACUCUGCUCGAGAUCAAACAGGCGUACAAACAGCUGGCCAGAAAGUACCAUCCGGACGUGUCGCCUCCAGACCAGGUCGAGGAAAACACCGAGCGGUUCAUCCAGGUGCAGGAAGCCUACGAGACGUUGUCGGAUCCUAGAAGCAGAGCGAUUUAUGACAGGGACUUGUCCAUGGGUCUUCACCUCGCCUUCUCUGCUCGGAGGCGUUCCCAAUACCAUGAGAGAAGCGAGUGGAAAAAUCGUUGGCAGUCUCAGCUAUCAGAACUGAAGAGAAGAAGCAUGAACAAGGAUGCAAAAGGAAACUUGUCAUGGGGAGCUCAAGUGCGCAGGCAAAGGGAAGAAGCAUCAAAAAAACCAUAGACACUUCUGUUUUUGAUUUUGUGCAUAUACUGUUAUAAAUAUCUUCUCCAAAUCCAGAAAUCUAGGCAGUCUCUGCAACCUUAAAUGCUAUAUUUGGUUAAAUUCUAAACUAGUCUAUAAAGUUUUAAUUUUAUA